AUGAAGACCGUUCUGCGCCCACGGUCUGGCUCAAAGCGUCAAUCUAUGACUACCGUUCUCGACGUUGGACAAUCCAGCACUGCAGCAACCCCAGUUGUAGACCCGGCCCCGAAACUGGUGGUCGAACAACCCGCUAUGCUAGCCGACUAUAGUAUCGCUCAGCAGGCAAAGGCCCGGUCUCUGUUCUCUAAAUAUGGUCUCACUCUGGAACCCGGCGAGUGGAAGUCGCCUACCGAUCUGCAACUCGCUCGAGUUACCAAGCCGAUUCGCAUGCGCGUGCGCCGUACCUGUCACCGCUGCGACACCACCUUUGGCCCAGACAAGGUUUGUGUCAAUUGCCAGCACCCACGCUGCAAGAAGUGCCCAAGGUUCCCACCAUACGAGCAAGACAAGGAUGCAGCGCAGCCACGUACCCCGAAGCUGCCCAAGAUCGCCGAGAUCCGCGCCCUCCAGCAUGGCCCACCGCCCAACCAGCACUUCAAGUGGACGGGCGAUCCUCAUGCACCGCUCAAGGUACACUCGCGCUCUGGCGGACAGGAUCUGAUCCGCAAGACUGUGAGGCAGCGUGUGCGAAGAAACUGCCAUUCUUGUGGGACGACUUUUGCCGGUGGAUCCAAGGAAUGCGAGAAUUGCAAGCAUGUUCGCUGCAAAAAGUGUCCUCGCGAUCCAGCAAGGCUAGACAAACACCCUCAUGGCUAUCCGGGCGAUGUCGACCCACCAGAACCGCUAAAGCAGAAGCCCGAUCGUACUUAUAGGAAAGCGCGUCAUCGAGUCCACUACAUUUGUCAUGUCUGCGACACGGGAUAUAAUGAGGGGGCGAAGACUUGUGGAAAGUGUGGUCAGGCAAAGUGUACGGAAACCGUACGAAUUCCACCAAAGAAAGUCAAACGGGACCCGGACCCUGAAGUCCUACGGCGCGUCGAGGAUAGAAUAGCAGCCUGGACUGUCCAGGCAUGA